AUGGUCUCGCCGAUCAUCACAAGAUCUGACAGCAUCCAGCGAACAGCCCUGUGUGCAUUUCUUAGCACAGCAACACCAUCAUCCCAGAAACAAGGAAAGCAGAAACCCCCAUCCACCGCAUCGUUGAGUCCACGAUGGCUUUCCGACGUCAAGCAACGCAUCGGUCAUUGCCUGAUGUGGGGUCUUCAGCCUGCACAAAUCGAUGAGGCUGGUCAGAUCCUGCAUGAAAUCGCCCAAGAUUGGCGGGAAUUGGUCGCUGGAAGCGAAGGUUUCCUUACGGAUCGCACGCGUCGAGGCUUGUUCCGCCAGGAAGUUGUUUGGGGUGAGAUGGAUUCUAUGGCACAUGUCAAUAAUUGCACGAUAAAUCGCUAUGCGGAAUCCAGCAGAGUCAAUUGGGCGAAGAAUUAUGGUCGAUUCAUCGAUCCCGCGAACAAGGUCGCAUGGGAAAACCUCGUCACGCCGCGUGGGUAUGGUCUCAUUCUCAAAAAGAUCACGACUGAAUUUAAAUUUCCCAUGACUUACCCCGACCACGUAUCCGUCUACCACCGUCUCGGCGCCGAGCCCACCGCCGGCAGCGACACCUUCAUCUUCCAUGCCAUAAUCCUCUCCGAGCUACAUCAACGACCUGCGGCGCGCUGCGUUGAGGAGAACGUGCUCUACGACUACCGAUUGGCUCGCAAGACGCCUUUGCAACCUUUCAUGCUGGACGUGCUCCGCGAGACCUGGAAAUUGCAGGAGGCGGCUAAGCUAGAAUUCUCGGAGCGUGUCAAUCAGUUACUGGCUCGCGUACGAAGGUUGGAGAAGGAUUCCUGGGACCGCCCGGAUGCUGCGGAGUCCUUUGGCCCCUCUUAA